AUGGAGUUUAUGUUUAGUGAAAAGGGAACUAAGUUGUUGAUUAUUGACAAUUACAAGUUUGGAUUCCAAAAGAACCUAGCAGAUAACAUACAGAGGUGGAUAUGUACAAAACGAAAAUGUAAAGCAUACGUUAAAUUGAACGGAGAUUGUUUAUGUGAAGAAGUAUUAACACAUAACCACGAAAGUGAAAACGAUGGUACACUUGUGCGACAACAAUUGACAAAUUCAUUAAAAAGAAAAUGUGACGAACUUAUUACAGAGCGACCAUCAAAAAUUAUACGCAAGGAGAUAGCUUCAAACAGUCAUAGUGAGUCACUACUUCAAAAUGAUAUUAACAGAGUCCGUAAAAAUUUGAAUGCUGCUAAAUUAAGAACAAUUCCCAAGUUACCUUCUAAUCUUGAAGAACUGCAUAAAAGUGUCAGUGAAUAUUCGUUAAUAACUAAUCUCGGAGAAAACUUUAUUUAUGACAACGAUUCUGUCAACAAUAUAAUUACAUUUACAUGCACGCAGAACUUGGAACAACUCAAGAAAGCCACUACGGUAUUUGUCGAUGGAACAUUCAAAAGUUGUCCUAAGCAAUUUUACCAAUUAUUUUCUAUUUUUAUCAAGGUACAAAAUAGCUAUGUUCCUGUCGUAUUCAGCCUACUCCCGAACAAGACUACUGACACUUACAUACUUGCUUUACAUAAGGUCGCAAAAUAUCUAACAGUUGGCACGGUUUUCGUUGAUUUUGAAACAGCUAUCCAUAGUGCCAUAACUUCACAGCUACAGCAAGUUACAGUUAGAGGUUGCAGAUUCCAUUUAUGUCAGUCAUGGUGGAGAAAAAUUCAACAGUUUGGUCUCUCAAAUGAAUUUAAAGAUAAUGCUUCAGAAAUCGGACAACUUCUUAAACUAUUUUUUGGACUGCCCUUAUUAUCACCUGAAGAUGUCGAAGACUGUUUUUAUAAUGAUUUGAUGGCCAUAAAACCCUACUGCCCAAAAUUGGAUCAGUUCUUCGACUACGUUCAUGAUACAUACAUAAUGUCAGACAGUAUCUUUCCACCGAAAAUUUGGGCUAGAUUUGACAAAAAUAUUGAUAGGACUACAAAUUGUUGCGAAUCGUUCCAUUCAAAGCUGAAUAAAGAAUUUACAACUGCCCAUCCUAAUAUAUUUUAUUUUAUGGAGACUUUAAACAGUAUUCAGACAUUAAAUUAUAUUAAAUUUCGAAGUAAUAAUACUAGGAAACUUACUAGCAAACAAGAAAAAAAUAACAAAUUCUUGGAAAAUUGUAUGACUGAGUACACAAAUGAGAAGCUUACGCGAAUUGAAUACUUAAAGAAAGUUUGCUUCAAAUUUGCAAAUCAACGAUUUUAA